AUGGACAAUGAUAUCUUACCAAUGCUAUCCCGGUACAUUCUUGUCUUUAUACAAUUCUUUAUUAAGGGACUUGACAAUGCUGGGAAAACUACAAUUCUUCGAAAGUUUUGUGGAGAGCCAAUCGAUAGCAUCAGUCCUACGCUAGGGUUCAACAUCAAAAGUCUGGAGCACCACGAGGGCUACACACUCAAUUUCUGGGACGUUGGCGGUCAAAAAUCAAUUCGAGCCUAUUGGCGCAACUAUUUUGAAGCCACAGACGGCAUAAUAUGGGUAGUCGAUAGUGGGGAUCAAUUUCGCCUAGAUCAAUGCCGUCAAGCCCUCGUGGAGCUUUUGCAGCAAGAACGCCUAGCAGGGGCAACACUAAUCAUCUUCGCCAACAAACAGGACAUUGAAGGGGCCCUGUCAUCCGAGCAAAUUGCAGAGAAACUUGGACUCAACACAAGCGACUCGUUCAAGAAUCGGCACUGGGCAAUUCACUCCUGUAGUGCCGUCUCGGGGGAAGGGCUGGCUGGAGGAGUAGAUUGGCUGGUUGCUGACAUUGCGCAAAGGAUAUUCAUGUUGAGUUAG